GUUUCCACCACACCGUUCUCGACCGAGUUCCCGUCGACACACGCCAAAGACGAGCUAGGCUGACCCGUCACUGGUCUCCGCUGCUGUCUCUCUUCUUGAAUCUUACACGCUGUGGGAGGAAUGAUAACUGAAUUUGCUUUAUGAAGUGUGAAUAUUCUUAAACGAACUAAGUGUAUACAUUCGUCAUAAAAACUUGGUGAACUGUAAUACCGAAAGACAGAAGUUCCAUAAGUUGGUUUUGGUUAGAAACAUCGGCAGGAACGUUAGUCUCAUAGUCUCACUUAAGAAGCGCAAGAAGUCAAAUUUUCCUGGACGACUGAAUGCAAACCAUCGCCUAAGCCAAGACUAACCGCCUUGGUGUCUUUUCAAACUUCAUCCCUCAAACAAGAAACUUCAUUCAGACAACGAUGACGUCACUAGUGCCGAACUUACGCCUCUAAAGACAUUCGAAGAUCGCCGCUGUUUGUUCUCCGAGAAGAAAUCAAGGACUAAAUCCACAAUGAAGGAGAAUAAAUUGGUCGUCCUUGGUGCAGGGGGCGUCGGGAAGACAUCCCUGGUCCUACAGUUCCUACAAGGAUUUUUCUCCCCAACUUACAAGCCCACAGUCGAAGACUGCUACAGUCACACUUUACAGUUACCGAACGGACUGUUCCAUUCGCUGGAGAUCCUGGACACCUCUGGAUCGCACCACUUCCCGGCCAUGCGCGAGCUCUCCAUCAGGUCUGGGCGAGCCUUCAUCAUCGUGUGCGCCGUCAAUAACGAGCAGAGCUUCUACGAAGCGCAGACCCUCUGGAACCUCAUCAGAGAAGUCAAAGGUAGAGAAGUGGACAACAUCCCAACGGUCCUCGUCGGGAACAAGGUCGACCUGUCGAUGGAGCGGGAGGUCACCUGGGAGGAGGCCAACACCUUCGUCACCGAGAACAUGGGCAACGCCGUCUACGUCGAGACCUCCGCCAAGUACAACCUCAACGUGACACUCGUCUUCAAGGAACUCCUGGUCCUCACUUUUGGGUUCGGCAAGGACGAGAAGAAAGAGCGAAGACCUUCCAGGAUACGCCUCUCGCUGAGCGACCUUUCCCUCACGUCCCGCCGCAAGUCCUCCAGCGCCCUCUCAACGGCGUCGGGUGCCACCCUGGCCACCGUUUCGGGCAUCUCCCGAACCGGGAGCGGCCUCAGCGACGACGACAACGCUAACAAGUCCACCAGCGGCGACGACUCGCCGACCGAGAGCAACGGCGCCGACGUCAUCAGACGGACUAUACUCAAGCCGGACAAGUGCGUCAUCCUAUAAGCGCCCGGUGUGACGCUGCCGUAUCCGGAUUUCUUUUUCAUCCGGUUUUUUUUAUCCGGAUUAUUUUAUCCGGAUUAUUUUAUCCGGCUAUUUUAUUAUCCGGAUAUUUUUUUUACCUUUUCGUUUCCUACAGUUCCUUUUUUUUUACUUUUUAUUUAUUAUUUACGAGUCGUUGUGAGGCGAUUAAAUCAAUAUACAAAGGUCUCGGCCGUUUAUCGAACUCGAUGCACAUCGAAGAAAAUAUUUUGGGUCGCCGAAGUGAAUAGUUUACUAGACGUUAUGCCAAAGCAAAAUUAACGGAAAACAAUAUAAAAGCUAAAAACAACAGAACUGAAAGAAUGACAAGCAAUAUCGAAACCGAAAGCAAAAAUCUAAAAUUAAUACAAUAUCAGGUCAAAAAAAUUUAACAAAAGACAAUCAAGAAAAAUUAAGAGAAGUGAAAGAACAUUAUAUAAAAAAAAAAAUUACAAUAAUUAAAAUUAAA